AUGGAGGAAAAUGAGAAUUACCAAGAAAAAAGUGAAAGUGUGAAUGAGAUGAAAACAGGAGGAACCAAAGUUGCAACCCUUUUACUAGUGAAUCAAGCACUAGCUACUUUAGCUUUCUUUGGAGUUGGUGUGAACUUGGUUUUGUUCCUAACUAGAGUUCUUGGUCAAGACAAUGCUCAAGCUGCUAAUAAUGUGAGCAAAUGGACAGGAACAGUUUAUAUGUUCUCAUUGAUUGGAGCAUUUCUUAGUGACUCUUAUUGGGGUCGAUACUUAACCUGCACCAUUUUUCAGCUUUUCUUUAUUCUGGGUUUGGCACUGUCUUGUUUUUCGUCGUGGCGUUUCUUGAUAAACCCUAGUGGAUGUGGUGAUGGGCAUAUUUCUUGUAACCCUACAUCAUUUGGAGUUAAUAUUUUCUACUUUUCAAUAUAUCUUGUUGCAUUUGGCUAUGGAGGACACCAACCAACUUUAGCAACAUUUGGUGCUGAUCAAUAUGAUGAAAAAAAUCCAAAAGAGAGAAGCUCAAAACUAGCUUUCUUUUGUUAUUUCUACUUUUCCCUCAACGUUGGAUCUUUGUUCUCCAACACUGUGUUAGUCUAUUAUGAAGAUUCAGGAAAAUGGACAAUGGGUUUCUUGGUAUCAUUGAUCUCUGCUAUUAUAGCCUUUUUGACUUUCUUAUCAGGUUCUCCACAAUAUAGAUAUUUUAAGCCAUCUGGAAACCCUAUAGUUAGGGUUGCUCAGGUUUUUACAGCGGUUGCGAGAAAAUGGGAUGUUGUUCCAGCUAAGGCAGAAAAACUUUUUGAACUUGAUGGUUCUAAAUCCGCCAUCAAAGGCUGUAGAAAGAUUCUUCAUAGCGAUGAUUUACAAUUGAUGGACAAAGCAGCAACAAUUACGGAGAACGAUGACGAGGACGAGGAGACUCGAAACAAUCCGUGGAGGCUAUGUACUGUGACUCAAGUUGAAGAAACAAAAUGUGUGUUAAGAAUGCUACCAAUUUGGCUAUGCACUAUUUCUUAUUCUGUUGUGUUUACGCAAAUGGCUUCACUUUUUGUUGAGCAAGGAGAUGCGAUGAACUCCAAAAUAGGCGAUUUCCGAAUGCCAGCAGCUAGCAUGUCUGUGUUUGACAUUUGCAGUGUUCUUAUCUGCACCGCAAUUUAUCGCCAAUACCUCGUUCCGUUAACAGGAAGAAUGAUGGGUAAUCCGAAAGGGAUUACCGAACUUCAAAGAAUGGGAAUCGGCUUAAUCAUUGGAAUGUUAUCAAUGGUUGCAUCAGGUGUAACUGAGAUUGUAAGACUCAGAAAUAUUAUUCCGGGCGAAAAAACAAGCUCGGUUAGUAUAUUCUGUCAAAUUCCGCAGUAUGUUCUUAUUGGUGCUUCAGAAGUUUUCAUGUAUGUUGGUCAAUUGGAGUUCUUCAAUGGCCAAGCUCCAGAUGGUAUAAAGAGUUUUGGGAGUUCACUUUGUAUGGCUUCGAUUUCUCUUGGAAACUAUGUGAGUAGUAUGCUUGUGAACAUGAUCAUGGAAAUCACUGCAAGAGGGCAAGAAAAAGGUUGGAUUCCAGAGAAUCUGAAUAAAGGUCACAUGGAUAGAUUCUUCUUCCUUCUUGCAGGGAUAGUUGCUUUUGAUUUUGUGAUUUACUUGUUUUGUGCUAACAGGUAUAAGAACAUCAAUGUUCAAGGUGAUCAACAAGAGUUGGAGUUUGAUGAUACAAAGGAUAGUAAAGUUGUAAUUAAAUUGGAGAUGAAUACUUACUAA